AAGAGCGACGGAGUUCGACCAGGGGCGCGCAGAGCCCACCGCACCUCCGGCCCCCGCAGCAUUGCCGGUGACCAGGGAGAGGGAGCUCACCCCAAAUCUGUCCGGGGGUCCCCGAGAGGAAUUCCCAUUGCCAGACUUUGGCUGGAUGGAGGAAGAGAAGGCUGUGAGGAGGAGGAAGUUGUCCCGGGAACCCCAGGCAGGUGAGGAGGAAGUCAGUGCCCCUUUGCCCCUCUCUCCUGCUCCAUCUCCCAGCCCAGCCUGGCCCCGGCUGCAGGACAACCCCGCUGCCGACGCCGUCCUGCCGGGGAUGCACUGGGGGGAUCUCCUUGCCCUUCCCUCUGGCACGGAGGCAAAUCCCAUCCUGUCCUUGUCCUUCCUCCCCCAGACAAGGAGCCCAGGGAGGACAAAUCCCCUCAGCAGAACCUCGUGGAAGAGGCUGUUUUGAGCGGCUCCAUGGCACAGGAAUGCAACGGGGAGGAAAAGGCACGGAGAUCCCGCCCGAGGAGGGGCUCCAAACCCAUGCCAGGGCGCUCCGAGGAGGAAGGACCCACCCUGUGUCAGGAAGGCAGCCAGAGAUGUGGCCAGAGCUCUGAGCUGGUGGUGCAUGAGCAGCUUCACAAUGGCAAGAAGCUGCACCAGUGCUCGGAAUGUUGGAAGAGUUUCUGCACAAAGUCCAGGCUGCUCCAGCACCAGAAGAUCCACACUGGGGAACGGCGCUACGAGUGUGGGAAAUGCGGGAAGCGCUUCAGAGAUACCUCUGGCCUGAUGAUCCACCAGAGAGUCCACACUGGGGAACGGCCCUAUGAGUGUGGGGAGUGUGGGAAGAGCUUCACUCGGAGCUCUAAAUUGAUUGUCCACCAGAGGAUCCACACUGGGGAACGGCCCUAUGAGUGUGGGGAGUGUGGGAAGAGCUUCACUCGGAGCUCUAAAUUGAUUGUCCACCAGAGGAUCCACACUGGGGAACGGCCCUAUGAGUGUGGGGAGUGUGGGAAGAGCUUCAAUACGAGCUCCAACCUGAUUGUCCACCAGAGGAUCCACACUGGGGAACGGCCCUAUGAGUGUGGGGAAUGUGGGAAGAGCUUCACUGAGAACUCCACUUUAUACAAGCACAGGAGGAUCCACACUGGGGAACGGCCCUAUAAAUGUGGAGAAUGUGGGAAAGACUUCAGAAAGAGCUCCCACCUCAAACGCCACCAGAUUUUGUGCACUGGGAUAUGACACCCUGUGUGUGUGGGGAGAGCGGGAACAGCUUCUGUGACAGCUCUGGCCUGAUCAUGCAGCAGACAGUGCACACUGGGGAAUGCCCCUACACGUGCUCAGAAUGUGGGAAGAGCUUCAUCCAGCACUGCAAGCUGCUUGUCCACCGGCAGAUGCACAGCGGAGAGAGGCCCUAACAGUGCCCUGCGUGCGGGAAGAGCUUUGUGCACUGCUCCAACUCCAUCCCCCGUUGGAGGAGCCCAUUGGAUGAUCCCCAGUGAGCCCUGUUGUGCAGAGCCUUGGGGAUCCACGGUCCUGGUGAUCCAUGGUGGGAAGACAGCUGGCUGGUGGUCUCCACAUCUUCCUGGCCCCCUGUGGGCACCUGGAUGCAAAAGGAGCUCAAGGGGACGUGGCCAUGGAUGGUGACAUGGACAUGGCUGGAGACAUGGGGGUGACAUGGACAC